GUUCUUAUCCGUGAAGUUGAUUCCUUGUUUUGCUGCAGUGUCAUUGUUAUUCCGCACUCGCCUCCUGAUGUCAGAGCCCCCCCUCGUGUGACGUCAUUCUGCUGCCAGUGUUUCUCCUUAUGAUGUAGAAUCAUUCAGCUUCUCCUCAGACAUCUCAUAAGGAGCUGGGAAACCGGACCUCAAGUUGGCUUCUCCCCUUCCCCCAGGACCUUUGAUUUAUCCCAUUGAAGAUCUCCAUUCUUCCAGCCACUGGACUCCUAAUUUACCCCCUAGAGGUCCCCAGAUUAUCCAUCCCCCAGGACCACCCCCAUACACAGUGUUAACCCCCCUGGAGGAUCCCCUUCACCACCCAAAAGGAUAGCAAUUUACCUUCCAGUGGAUCUCCUCACACAAUUCAGCGGUUCUCAGUGAUCGUAUUGCUGCAGCAAUGUCUGAAAUUCUGCCCUACAGUGAGGAUAAGAUGGGGCAUUACGGCUCUGAUGCCGAGGUUGGGCAAAUAUCAUUCAGCUGCCGUCUGCAGGAUACCAGUUCCUUUUUUGGGGGAAAUCAGCAGAAGAGACCCCCCAAACUGGGGCAGAUCGGUAGAGCUAAGAGAGUUGUUAUUGAAGAUGACAGAAUAGACGAGGUCCUGAAGGGGGUGUCGGACAAGUCUCCCUCCGGAGUAUAAGGUGGAAGUGGUUGCUCUCCAGCUCACACUUUCCUCCCUGAUUUGUAAGCACUUUUGGCUGUGCAUGUUUGUGGACAUGGAGAAGAAGGAAAGGCUUUGAGGCUGCUGGGAAAUCUUCACCCUCCACCUUGAUUCAGACCCUCUGCAAGUCUCCUGAUGGUGCCAUUCGGCUUCUCAUGCCACCCAUUUUCUAGUUAAUGACCUCCAAUAUGGAGCUGUCCAUUUCAGCGCCUCCAUUUAUCCAUCGUCAUUGUCCCUCAUCCUGGGCUCUGGGGGCGGUGAUGACUUUCAGCCCAUGCCAGAUAGAAGCUGGGUGCAGUACAUACUAUCACCAGUCUAUGUGCCAAGAAGAUGACUGUAGCCUGAAACAACAUGGAGUUUAUACCUGUAUACUCCUACUAUUGCCAGGUGCUGCCUCACAGUGUAGAUCCCAGGGGGCUAUAGGUUAUGUUAGAAAUGCACUUUAUUCUGACAAUGAUGUGUCUCUAGUGAAGUAAUAAACUAUGUGUGCCUGUGUGGACGCCUAGCGAACCCACCUGCGCAUUUACGCACACACACUUAUAUGUGUGUGCGUGUAUAUGUAUAUAUAUAUAUAUAUAUAUAUAUAUAUAUAUAUAUAUACACACACACAUAUAUAUAUAUUAUUUUUUUCUUAAUUGUAACUUAAUAUUAAUCCCAUGUACUCACCCUCCCCUCAUUCCACCAAAAACCAGCGUCUCUACAACCUCGGGAGAAAAGACUGGGUAGAUACCCCUGUCAUGCACACAAUACCAGCAGGUCGGAAGCAGAGCAGCUGGAGGGCGCAGAAAAGAAACGGGACGUCCCUUUGCUGUCAAAACCCAAGCAAGAAAAAAAACUUUAUUUGCUCCAUCUCUUGCAUGAGCUUCCGAAUUCACACCGGAUUCCACCCUCCUCCCCGCACGUUCCUUUUUAACAGGAUCCCUUACAUUUGUAUUUUUAUAAACAAAUAUUUGUUAUUAAUAUGAAUUCUGAUAUAUGCUGGGGACUGUGCCAUGUCACAUCAGAGAUGUAGCUACUAUCUAGUUGCAGGGUCACAGCCCGGGUAGUAGUGGUCAGUCACAGA